AUGGGGAGUAAUCAGAUCGAAAGCUACAACUCUAAGAUGACAGCUUAUGUCUUCGCCUGUUGGAUUCUUGCUGCCUUUGGUGGCCUCAUGUUUGGCUAUGACAUUGGAAUUUCAGGUGGUGUGACGUCCAUGGACGAUUUCCUGGUGAAGUUUUUCCCCAAAGUGCACGAGCGGAAGAUGCACGUGUACGAAGACAACUACUGUAAAUACGACGAUCACAUGCUGCAGCUGUUCACGUCCUCUCUCUACUUGGCAGCACUUGUGGCCAGCUUCUUUGCUUCCAAGGCGUGUACAGUUUUGGGCAGACGGCCCACGAUUACGAUGGCGUCCGUUUUUUUCAUUCUCGGCGCGGCACUGUGCGCCUUCGCGGAGUUCAAAUGGAUGCUUAUAGUUGGCCGGAUUUUGUUCGGCAUUGGCGUUGGCUUCGGAAACGAGGCCGUCCCGUUGUUUCUAACGGAAAUAGCACCGAUUCAUCGAAGAGGUGGAGUCAACAUUCUCUUCCAGCAAUUCGUGACGAUUGGUAUCUUCAUAGCCAACCUCAUUAACUACGGCACCUCCAAAUCCCACCCGAACGGCUGGCGCAUCUCGUUGGGGCUUGCGGCUGUCCCGGGAGCCGUCCUCUUUGUCGGGUCCCUCAUCAUCACCGAGACACCUGCCAGCUUGGCACAGAGGGGUCGUGAGGACGAGGCUAAAGCGGCCCUGAAAAAAGUCAGGGGUGUUGAGGACGUCGAGGAUGAGUUCAGGCAAAUCUUGGCGGCCAGUGAGCAAGGCCGGCAGGUGAAGAACCCGUUUAUGAAGAUAUUCAAGAGAAGAGCCAUACCGGCUCUAAUCGUGUCCAAUGCCGUUCAAGUCUUCCAGCAGUUCACUGGGAUUAAUGCCAUCAUGUUCUAUGCUCCCAUUUUGUUCCAAACGUUGGGCUUCGGAGCCGAUGCCUCCCUUCUCUCGUCGGUUAUCACGGGUUUGGUUAAUGUCUUCUCGACUCUCGUCUCUGUUUUCGCCGUGGAUAAGUUUGGGAGGAGGAAGUUGCUUCUCCAGGCCUGCGUUCAGAUGUUAAUUUCCCAAGUGGCGAUUGGUGGGAUACUUCUAGGCCACCUGAAGCCGACUGGGUCGCUAGACAAGGGGUUGGCGGGCGUGGUGGUGGUCCUCGUGUGCACGUUUGUGAUGUCGUUUGCGUGGUCGUGGGGCCCAAUGGGUUGGCUUAUCCCGAGCGAGAUCUACCCGAUCGAGACUCGCACAUCAGGAUUUGCUGUGGCCGUGAGCUCCAACAUGAUCUUUACGUUCAUAAUCGCGCAGGCAUUCCUGUCGAUGAUGUGCCACAUGAAGGCCUACAUCUUCUUCUUCUUUGCGGCGUGGAUUGUGGUGAUGGGCCUGUUUGUGCUGUUUCUAUUGCCCGAGACGAAAGGCGUCCCGAUCGACCUCGUUGAGGAGAGGCUCUGGAAAAAGCACCCCGUUUGGAAGAGGUUCUUCGAGGAAGAAGUGAAGAGCUACGACAUGGCAUGA